GCCGGUGUACUAGUUUCAGUUUCAGAUAUCGGAAGAUCCGCUUGCGCUCGCAGAACUGGCGGCUCAGUAACCGCCGGAUACCAUUGUACUUUGUACUCCACCGUUGAAAGACGUUGCAUACGCGCGCACAAAAAAGACGGAAUACAAAAUGUCUAUAGGAUUUCUUGGGGCCGGACGAAUAGCACAGGCCAUGGCCAAAGGAUUCAUCGAAUCGGGCGUGGCAAGUGCAGCGAAGAUCAUGGCCAGCUGUCCUGUAGCCGACAAACACCUCUUGGACGAGAUCAAGGCGCUGGGUUGCCAGACGACGCACAACAACCUGGACGUGGUGAACCAGUGCGACACUCUCGUGGUGGCGCUCAAGCCCAACGUGGUGCCCGGCGUGCUGGAGCAAGUGGCGCCCGCAGUCCAAAAGCGACAACUGGUUGUCUCCCUGGCGAUGGGCGUCACGCUUGGCGAUAUACAGCAGAGGCUUCCCCCGGAGACGCGCGUCGUGCGCGUGAUGCCCAACACGCCGUGCCUGGUGCGCCAAGGAGCCAGCGUGUUCGCGCGCGGUGUCGCGGCCACCGCAGAUGACGCGAGCCUGGUGUCUCGACUGCUGGCCAGCGUGGGCCACUGCGAGGAGGUGCCCGAGUCACUCAUGGACGUCGCCACGGGGCUCAGCGGCAGUGGACCGGCAUACGUGUACGUCAUGAUUGAAGCUCUCGCCGACGGUGCCGUGAGGCAGAGGAUGCCGAGGGAUCUUUCCUACAGGCUGGCUGCCAACACUGUCAUGGGUUCGGCUAAGAUGGUGCUCUCAACGGGUAGGCAUCCGGGCUCGCUGAAGGACGACGUGAGCUCCCCGGCCGGCACCACUUGCGAAGGUCUCUGGGCGCUCGAGAAGGCUGGAUUUCGAGCAGCGCUCAUCGAGGCAGUCGCUGCGGCUACCGCAAGGGCCGCUAGAGGUCGCCACUGAAACCUCGUACACACGGUUGUGACCGGUACCAGAAAUAGUUUUAUACGCCCACAAUGCUCGUGAAUCUGCAGCGGUUGCAGUAGGGAACUAGCUUAAGUGUGCCGACUUCAUCCAGCGCUACGGCCGCGUAACACCAGAUUCGUGGUCUUUUGAAUCCUAGUCGCUUGAGACCACAUAGCGGAAUUGUGUGAGACGAAAGCUGAGAUUUGAGUGCCUCGCCUUGUUGUUCAGCGAAGGAGUCUACUAUGGGGAUUGAAAAAAAAACGCGAACAGUGCGGCAUCUACAUUCUAUGCUGAUUCGCAUUUUCUUUAAAGCGGUUGUAGCCUGGACGCCAAUAGUGUCAUCCAUGAUACAAUCAUGAACUACUCUAGCAUCUUCUUAUUGCGACCAAGGGCAGAGCGUGAUGUAAACAGCACGCCGCGCUGUUGGCGUGUCUUUCAAUCCCCCUGCACAUGGCGCGUGCCAUUGCAAUCUUACCAUGACGCACGUACAUUAAGAUAAUGCUUCUGUGCGAGUAAAGUAGAAAAUUUAGGUAUGGUGAUUUUGAGUAUUCUCGGAGUGAUUAUUUUUUAUACGGCAAGUUUUUACGGUAAGGUACAAAGGACGCGCUGCUCUUGCUGCGUGAACUUCCAAAAACUGACUUCCUUCUUGGAAGUCAGUUUUUGUCACGGUGCCAUUUUUCUGAUGUCCGUUAUCAACAUAGACUGUCCAUUGUUUUGAUUAUUUUUUUUCUGAACUGCGGCUUCACUGACCAUGUUCUGAACCACCAAACACUCAACCAAAUGGAGAAUGAACUGUUCUAUGAGCCCACGCUUAGUAGAUCAAUGUAUGCAUUUCUGCAAAUGUUAUUGUUGAGCAUGAUUUACGCACAAUGCACCAGAGUCAGGUGAAGACACUUUAUUUUUUUAUCUCUUAAAAACAAAUACAUGUUCGCCUUUUGUGUAUUACCUGCCCAUUCUUUGCACGUUUUACCUCCUAUCAUGAUAGAUCCCCUAUCAACUAGCUUUCAGCAUUAUUUGUUAGCUUAGCGGUUGUGUGUCAUAUUCUAUACUAAACGUGUGCGAUUUUUAAUUUUGUAGUUUUAAAGUAUUUUAUUGGCUCAAUGCGUAAUGUUUGUUUUUAAUGUUAACGCGAUGAAAAGCUUUAUGCCGUUCUCCAGUUCACUGCCACGCUUGCGGUACUAAAACUUCACCGCACCGUUUACUGCACAUUCAUUUCGCACGAAAAUGAAACAUUCUAUAAUGAACUUGUGCACUAUUGUAUUGAUGUGGUGUGAUCGCUGCUGCCACUUGGCAUCAUAGGCGGUAUAAAUCAGAUGAUUUAUAUCGUAUCGGUAUUAGCAAGAGCUCUGUAUGACGAGUUUGCAUGUAAGCUGCAUAGUUUUCUUCAAUAAAACCAUAAU